AUGGAGCCCGAGCUCGAAAAGGAGUACAUCCGCCGCCAGCUCAAAUCUGUAAAAGAGCUCACCGGCGAGUAUCCAUGCGGUUGGUACUAUGGUCGCCUAUCGCCACGCUCUCGUGCGCUCGUGUGGGAGGUGUACAAGGAGCAGGGCAUUCCUUUGCUCUGGGAGAGCGAUGCGUACUGCGACGACCUGCCAUAUUGGGUCGACGUACCCGCGGAGAAGGACGCUGAAAAGGCGGAAGGCAUGUUGAUGAUUCCGUAUACCUAUGACAACAACGACCUCAAAUUUCACAGCACGACUGGCACCUUCUCGCCACAAGCAUUCUUCGAGUACCUGCAGUCCGCAUUCGACGUCCUUCUCGCCGAAGGGUAUGCUGGCACACCAAAGAUGAUGACCAUUGGUCUGCACUGCAGGAUCAUCGGAAAGCCGGGUCGCUUCAUGGCUCUCAAGAGGUUCGUGGAGUAUCUUUCGUCCAGACCAGACGGCGAGGUGUGGGUGACGAGGCGGGAUGAGAUUGCGAAGCACUGGAGGAAGCAGUAUCCGUACCAGAAGGGCAAGCGGUAG